UGUUGCUUGGAGAGAAGGAGAAGACAUGUCGGCGCUUCACGGGAAAAUGCGCGUCGGGGAUCUGAAUCAUUUCCAGAUGUUCCACGAGGUUUCUCCGCAGAUGAGCAGCAGUUCAGAGUUCGGAGCCUCAGAUGUUACAAACUACUUUAACUCCGCACACUCGGUCCCGAGGACGGACAAGUGCGUGGCCAUACUCACCCACAGGAGGAAGAGGACCAACUUCACCCAGCAGCAGAUUGAGGUGCUGGAGAAAGUUUACUCCGACACUAAAUAUCCUGAUAUCUACCUACGAGAGCGACUAGAGGCGCUGACUGGGCUGCCCGAGUCCAGGAUUCAGGUUUGGUUUCAGAACAGAAGGGCCAAAUCAAGGCGCCAAGUUGGCUCAUCAGUGUCCAUGAAGGUAUCCAACAUGGCAACUGAUGCUCCAUUUGGCCAAAAUUCGAGCAGAAUGGGUGCUGAGAAAAUGUAUCACCAUGGUCACAACCCUGAGUCGCAUGGUUUAGGAAGUUAUGGACUGGAGGAUAGUUUUAGGCCUACAAUCCAGCAAAGCAAUGAGAAUCUCCAGAGGACCAGUGUUUCAACCAAAGCUGGCAGCUACGGACACACAUCUUCAUCCUGCAUCUAUGAGGAGAAGGCAGCCGGAGUCACAGCUGAGCAGAUACAGCAACACACACCCAGCAUAACCACCUCCAGCUGUGGUGUCCAUCCCUAUCCCAACAAGAAUGAGCGCCAGGCUAAAACGGAAGCCAAGAUCUCAGCCACCGAGGGUCCAAAAGUCCUGGUGGAGUACGACAAUUUCCCACCAAAUAAAACAAUUGGACCAGAGAUGAGGGUUGUGAUCCCUCCUAUCCCAACCCAGAAUAACUUCAACAGGUCCUCACCAAAAGAUAAUGGCUAUCACCUGCAGUAUCCUCAGCUGAUGGCUACUGGAGAGGGGUUCAAUCACUUUUCUCCAAUUCAUUCCACAGAAGGACAGGAUCUCACCGACUCUGAUUCUGACUGGGAAAACGAGGCAAUGGCUGGCUUUCGUGGCUUUAUGUGA